UCAAGACAGUUACGGAGAAGAGUUGAAAACACCUGAUGAUUUCAUGGACAAUCCGCUCCAUAUCUCAUUUAAGUGUUGAAAGAUAAUCUACCUCGAAUCUUGAUUUUUGUUGAGUUUUGUGUUAUUUAUCUGAAGCCUCUCCAGUUGUAAAUCUCAUAUUGUUCAUUUUUAUAGAAAUACUUAGAAAUAACGUAACUAGGUGAUAAGGAAACAUUGCACUAUAUUUUGGAUUGUUUCUAUUCUACUAUUUUGCACUAAAAUAUUGGUGAAGAUGCACACCACGCAGAAGGACACGACCUACACGAAGAUUUUUGUCGGGGGUCUUCCGUAUCACACCACGGAUUCCAGUCUCAGGAAAUAUUUUGAAGUGUUCGGAGAAAUUGAAGAAGCUGUUGUGAUUACCGAUCGACAGACCGGCAAAUCCAGGGGGUAUGGAUUUGUGACGAUGGCUGACCGCUCGGCUGCAGACAGGGCCUGUAAAGAUCCGAACCCCAUCAUCGACGGUAGGAAAGCCAACGUCAACCUGGCGUACCUGGGGGCCAAGCCACGGGUGAUGCAGCCAGGUUUCACCUUUGGUGUUCCACAAAUUCAUCCUGCCUUUAUCCAAAGGCCUUAUGGGAUCCCUGCUCACUAUGUUUACCCUCAGGCCUUCAUGCAGCCAAGCACCAUGGUCAUCCCUCACGGCAUGCAGCCCAGUGCUGCCUCUGCCUCCACCGCCUCCUCCCCGUACAUCGACUACACCGGAGCAGCCUACGCACAGUACUCCGCCGCCGCGGCUAGCGCUGCUGCCGCCGCAGCCUACGAGCAGUAUCCCUACGCCGCCUCCCCUGCGGCGGCCGGGUACCUAACCGCAGCUGGUUAUGGCUAUGUUCAGCAGCCCCUGGCUACGGCCGCACCGGGUUCAGCCGUCGCUGCAGCCGCAGCCUUCGGUCAGUACCAGCCUCAGCAGCUGCAAGCAGACCGCAUGCAAUAGCAGCCACUGCAGCCAUUGGACACAACGGGAUGGGAGGCCCGCGGCCGGCCUCGGCUGAUUGGCUGUGAAGAGGAGAGGACGAUGAAGAGGAAGAGAGAGGGGCCGUGUCGGUAAGAGGGUGAUGAUGAUGAUGGUGAGGUGGGAACUCCAUACAGUAGCUUUCCAACUUGCUGUGUUUAAACCAAAAACUUUAUAAAUUGACAAAACUAAGUAAGGAAGGUGGAUUUAUCCUUUUGAUUAUUAUUGUUGUUAUUAAUAUAAUUAUUACUAUCAUUAUAAUUGUAGUAGAGUAUUUAUUUCUAGAGGAGAAAUGCAACAACUAAUCACAGUGGUUGUAGCUUGGUGUAAAACAUGACUUUAUGUUCCAUUGCUGUCAUUAACAUAGGAGAGAGAGAGCGUUCUCUUUAUGGGACACUUAGACGUGUCCCGAAGUGCCCUUGCAACCUAUAUUUACUAUCACAUUUCGAGGGCUCUUGUCCUUCUGUCUUUUCAAGUGCAUUGAAGUAAAUUGUCUGAUAAUCAGGGAAAUGUAUCAGUUUCCAGUGUGUUAGUAAAGACAACCUCUGCAUGUCAGGGAGUAGUUGAAAUAACUGUGGAGAAAAGGAGAAGAUUUGUAGCUCGUGUCACACGUUAAGAACUACCUUUUUAACUUCCUGAUGAUGAAUGUCCCUUUUUUGACUCUGUAUCUUGACCUCUUGACCUAUGCAAAGCAAACAAUUUACCAGGAGACAAAAAAACUGCAGGAAUAACCGAAAAUGCCGUCAACUCUUCAAAGGGCAUCACAAACAAUAUGAAGGCAACUCACAGAGAGAGAAAGAAAAGCAUGUUUUCAGACAAUGAGAAGCACCAAAUCUGUUAGUCUCAAACACAUACACGUGGCUGCAUGCAAACACACGCACACAUACACGCAUACACAGUUGCGUACAUAGUGGUAAAGGUCAAUGGGCCCAGUCGUGCUCUCUGCCUCUGUGCAAUGGGAUCUAGUCAGAGAGAAAGAGAGAGGGAGGGAGAGGGAGAGAGAGAGGGAGCAGCUGGGGAGGGGGCUGGCACAGUUCGCCCAGCGCCACACAGACGGAUCACUCUGGAAAUAACGCAUCACUUGUCCUCAUUUGUUGAGCUGUCACAUUUUAAUCCCGGGGCCCAUUUGGGAACUGUCUCUCCUCUGUCCUGCCUGCCUGGCCCUGUCAGCACUUCCACCUCUGUCCUCUAUCCUCUGCCCUCUGUCCUAGAGCCGACCGGCUGGGCUGGUGUCAGGUACACACACACUUCCCUCCUAUGCUAACCCUCACCAACCCCCUGGCCCUGUACCCACUCCUCACAGCCUCACCAAUCCCCUGGCCCUGUACCCACUCCUCACAGCCUCACCAAUCCCCUGGCCCUGUACCCACUCCUCACAGCCUCACCAAUCCCCUGGCCCUGUACCCACUCCUCACAGCCUCACCAACCCCCUGACCCUGUACCCACUCCUCACAGCCUCACCAACCCCCUGACCCUGUACCCACUCCUCACAGCCUCACCAACCCCCUGACCCUGUACCCACUCCCCACAGCCUCACCAAUCCCCUGACCCUGUACCCACUCCUCACAGCCUCACCAACCCCCUGACCCUGUACCCACUCCUCACAGCCUCACCAACCCCCUGACCCUGUACCCACUCCUCACAGCCUCACCAACCCCUGACCUUGUACCCACUCCUCACAGCCUCACCAAUCCCUGACCCUGUACCCACUCCUCACAGCCUCACCAACCCCUGACCCUGUACCCACUCCUCACAGCCUCACCAACCCCCUGACCCUGUACCCACUCCUCACAGCCUCACCAACCCCCUGACCCUGUACCCACUCCUCACAGCCUCACCAACCCCCUGGCCCUGUACCCACUCCUCACAGACUCAUCAACCCCCUGAUCCUGUACCCACUCCUCACAGCCUCACCAACCCCCUGACCCUGUACCCACUCCUCACAGCCUCACCAACCCCCUGGCCCUGUACCCACUCCUCACAGACUCACCAACCCCCUGACCCUGUACCCACUCCUCACAGCCUCACCAACCCCCUGCAGGCGCUUGACAUAUGAAUCUAUGGGUUCUUAGUGUGCCUUACAUUUGUAUUGCUAUUUAAGAGAGUAAGAAAGGAGAUCUACUAUUUAAGAUAUUUAUUUUGAGAUUGGACUAUGUUCUAUGCGCUCUAAGGACAGAGAAUUAGUGGUGGUACUGUAUUCAUUUUAUUAUGUAUUCAUCUCAAGGUAUAUAAGUUAUUGAGUAGAUUUAGUUGUAUUAUAAUUAUUAUUAACAUACUCAACCAAAAAUGUUAAUGUUGGAUUUAUAUAAGAUACAAUUCUGUAUGUGCACUGUACAAUUAUACUUUUUGCCUUUUGAAAUCUUAGAAUAAAUAUUGGUUAGUUGAAUGCCUUUUCUAUGAAACUUUAUUUAAAUGCAGGCCUAUUUGCGUGCAGACUGUUACUCUGUCUCUUUUGUGUUUAGAACGGUUGGAAAAGACAAACAAAAUCCUGACAAAAAUGAGCUAAUUGCUGCUUUAUACAUUAGAAUGUAUAGUUAUUGUCAUGGUUCGGAUAGUUGUGCUUCUAUUGCUUUUAAUAUACAUCAGAUGGGCUAUUUUACACUGUUGGGAAUUUUUAUACUUGAACUAUUUCUUACAAGGGAAAAUAUGAAAAAUAAAUGACAAAAAAAACACA